GUUAUGACCACCUGCAAGUUCCCACGCAGGUCCUCGAAUAACAUCUAAUUCAAUGGGGAACAUGGUUGGUGGAGGUAACUUGAGGAAUAUUAGCAGCUCUGGUGGAUUGUCUAUUCCUGGCCUUUCGUCGUCACGACUAAAUUUGGCAGCUAAUAGCGGGUCAGGGUUAAGUGUUCAGGGACAGAACCGAAUACUGGGCGGACUUACUUAAGGAUCUCAGGUCAUGUCUAUGCUGGGGAACUCGUAUCACACUGGUGGCGGCCCACUUUCGCAGAACCAUGCUCAGUCAGUUAACAAUAUGAUGCUCAGUGAUCACUCUAACGACAGUUCACUUUUUGACAUCAAUAACGAUUUCUCCCAGCGGUCAAGUCGUCCUGGUUCCGCUAGUGGCAAUCAAGGACAACUCGGUUCCGCAUCCAAAAUGAAGACUUUCCUGCCCUACCUGGAUUUUAAGCGAGCAAGCUUCAACAGGUUAUCCUAUGAGUUAUUGUUCUACACAUUUUACAGUUCUAACUAUUGUUCCAGUAUGCCAAAAGACCAAGCACAUCUAUACGCAGCAGAUGAACUUUAUGAUAGAGGUUGGUUUUACCACAAGGAACUCAGAUUAUGGUUAUUUAGAGAUGGGGAACCUUUGGUCAGAACAGCUGUAUAUGAAAGAGGAACAUACGAGUGCCUUGAUCCAAACUCGUUCAAAACAGUCGGAAAGGAAACAUUCUGUUGUCCAGUACGAGCAUAUGGAAAAGAGACCAAGCUUUCUGCAGAAAUUGACUUUAAGUAGGUUUGUUAAAUUACUAGCAUCUUUUACAAUGUAAAGCUUCUUUCUUUUUUUUCUUUACGCAAGCUCCAUUGUUUAGGAACAAACAUCUUCACAAUUUUCGAUUUUUAACCUCAAAAGUUCUGCCUAUAAGGUAUAUACUAUA